AUGCAGCAACUUUGCUCUGACGCUCAGAAGUUCGACGACUUCCCUCAAGACAGGCUGGUCGAGUAUCUCGACGUCAACGCGGAGGACGACGUCAACAUCGCGCUGCACGAGCGCGACAUCAUGCCUGCCACCACCCAUCUCGAGCUGAGAUUUCUCAAAAUCCUCCGCGCCGUCGCCGGGCUGAACCUUUACCCGCACCAGAAUCAAUCGUCGAGGAUCGACCAAGAUGUUCUUACAAGAAGGGGCUGGAAGAACAUUGCCUCGGUCAGAGGGGAUGAUGAGGUGAUGAGCCUCAACAAGGAGACCUUGGCCCAGGAGUGGCAGGCCCCGACCAGGGCCUUCAGGCGCAAGAAUGACGGAAGAACCUCUUCCGGCUACACAGCGCGAUCAUUCCCUCCCGCCGCUGUCACGGCCGCCACCACCUCUGGCACCGCUGUUUCCACCGCUACUGCCACCGACACCGCUGCUGCCGCCAAUGUGCCUCCAGUGUCCCGCUCUGGCGCAGCCAUAGUGUGUCCUCCCGCCGCUGCUGGCGCUGAUGUACAGCUCGUGCCUCAGCCAGCCGAGCCCAGUGUACCCGAACCUGUGCUCGACACACCUUCCGUGCCGUUGCAACACCCGCGAGCUGCAAAAGCUGCCGAUGCCGCAAAUAUCUAG